CUUUCACUUGCACACUAGACGCGAGGGUCUGUUAUUCUUUGACAUCAGUGACAGCAGGCAACCACCAGGCUGGACAGUGAAUGCACUGCUGCCUCACUCAAACCAUCCGGUCAAAGAACAGCCAGCGAGAGAACUCUCUUCCACUUUGCAGCCAUCAUCUCUCACUACCACAAAACCUCACACUCCCAUUACAUCCGCUCACUACUAUCAAAGCUCCUCUUACUACUACUACAUUACUGUGCAUUCAAAAUGGAUGAAUCACCCCCCGAUUUCUACGACGUCUACCUCACCGAGCAGCAUGGCGUGCGCAACCACCUGGCCAUCUUCAUCGAAACCAUCCCCGACGCGGAACCCUUCUGCAACAGCGGUCGGCUGUACCAUGUGGUGGGCACCAUCUUGCGCGGCAUGGACUACGGCCAUCGCAACACUCCCGAUCCCGAACUGCUGCCCGGCUAUGUGAUGGACUCGAAGCGCAAGAUUGCCGUGAUCGCCAGAGACGACGUGAUCCGAUUUGAGCGGGAGUGUGCCGAGGAAAUCCCACCUCCCCCAGCUCAACUGACCCUCAGUGGGAAGCCUUUGAACCGGGCCGUGCCUUUGUAUCGCUGCACCGACUGGGUGGAGGACGUGGUGCAUUUGGCCUUGGAACUGGGCAUCUUCAAGAGAGAUGGGAAGGAGGGCGAGUUAUACUUUGGAUCGGAGGAGGAUUGACCAAAGGAGACUAGGGGGGUAUCUGAUCCAAUUGUGUUGGGUGGAAUGGAAUGCAAUACAGUUGGGGAUGGAUGGGGUCUGAAGCGUGUCAAAUAAAUGGAAAGCAAAGACGGUAUCCACCGGGUCUGGAAUGACAGUCGGGGGGAAGCGAGGAUGGGCUAAUGGCUAGAACCGUGGCUCAACAUGUUCUGGAACGGGAGGAAUGCAAAGCAGACAAACAUGUGACAUUUCCCGCCAACCACGGAUAACUGGUCGGAUGCAAGUGCCGAGU